AGUACCCCUGUGGAUAGUACCCCAUAAGUACUCCAUGAGUCUGUCAUUUAAACAAAAAUAGUCGUAAUACAAAAAGUCGCACCAGAAAAAUGUCUGCCGAAAAAAAAGGACACCCAGAAAACGAGCACAUCGACAGAUCCUACGAUGGCGAUGCCUUCAUCAACCAUUUCGCUCGACGGGGCGCGCGGGAGAUCAUCAUCAUGGAUGCCAGUGGCAAUACCCUGCGUUCGACUGUCAGUCCGCGGCGCACCCACAUGUAUGUGUCCUCUCUGAAGCCCCUGGUGACAAUGGCGCGCAAUGUGGUGAGGGAUCUGAAUCCCUCCAAUGACAUAACAUUCAUGCGCCUCCGCUCCAAUGGGGGCGAGGUGCACAUCACACUCGGCACCGAUUUCAUUUUGAUUGUCAUACAACGCAUCAAAAGGAAAAGUACACCCAAAAACUAAUUGAUAAUACGCGUAAAUACUGCGAGUGUGUGUGUUGGUGUGUGUGUGUGUGUGUGGGCCAUGCUAUGUACACGUACAUAUACAAACACAAAAUGAAGAUUAAAUUGCUG